GUAUGCGGCGUCCGGCGUGGGGACGCAGCGGCUGGCGCCGGGGCAUGUGCGGAGCGGUGCGGGGGAGACGGAGACCGCGCCAGCGCCGCCGGGGGCCGGUUCAGCACAAUGAGUUGGCAUCCCAGGCUUUAGCCGUGUGAAGAGACCAGGACAGGUGCUGCUCUGCUGACACCUUACCCCCCCUCCACACACACACACUCGCUCUUUCCCCCUGGGGAGACCGCUGCUGGCUUCCCUGCCUUGGCUGUCUGCCCCUUCCCCCCACUCACUGCAGAGGGGACAGGCCCGUUAUGGCAGGGGACAGACUCCCACGCAAAGUGAUGGAUCCUAAGAAGCUGGCCAGCCUCCUGAGGAACGGAGCAGAGGGCACCCUGGUCAUUGACAGCCGCUCCUUCGUGGAGUAUAACUCCUGGCACGUCCUCAGUUCCGUCAACAUCUGCUGCUCCAAGCUUGUCAAGAGGCGACUCCAGCAAGACAAGGUCUCCAUUACAGAGCUCAUCCAGCCAGCCUCCAAGAUGAAGGUGGAGGCGGAAGAGCACCAGGACGUGGUAGUCUACGACCAGAGCACACGAGAUGUGAACGGCUUGGCUGCUGACAGUUUCCUCUCCAUCCUCCUGGGCAAGCUGGACAGCUGUUUCCACAGUGUCUCCAUCCUCACAGGAGGGUUCGCCACCUUCUCAUCCUGCUUCCCAGGGCUCUGUGAAGGGAAGCCAGCUGCCAUCCUGCCGAUGAGCAUCUCCCAACCGUGCUUGCCUGUGGCCAAUGUCGGCCCUACGCGCAUCCUGCCACAUCUCUAUCUGGGCUCCCAGAAAGACGUCUUAAACAAGGACUUGAUGACACAGAAUGGGAUAAGCUAUGUCCUCAAUGCCAGCAACUCCUGUCCCAAGCCAGACUUCAUCUGUGAUAGCCACUUCAUGCGCAUUCCUGUUAAUGACAACUACUGUGAGAAACUGCUUCCCUGGCUCGACAAGUCCAUUGAGUUCAUUGACAAGGCAAAGGUGUCCAGCUGCCAGGUGAUUGUGCACUGCUUGGCAGGGAUCUCCCGAUCGGCCACCAUUGCCAUCGCCUACAUCAUGAAGACCAUGGGUAUGUCGUCAGAUGAUGCCUACAGGUUUGUUAAAGACCGACGCCCAUCUAUCUCACCCAACUUCAACUUCCUGGGCCAGCUCCUGGAGUAUGAGAGGAGCCUGAAGCUCCUCAAGGCUUUGAAAGCCCAGGGUGAUCGGAGUGAGGGGGAUGUCCAGCAGGACCCAGCUGAGGCACCUGAGAGCAGUAGGCACUCCACACCGUCUACCUCAGAAAAGGCCGAGGAGAUAUCGAAAAGCACAAGCUCAGCGCCCUCCCAGAGUGACUCUGAGAGACAAGCAGGAACUCCUAAAAUCUUGUCACCCACAGCACUACAGCAAGGACUCAAUGGCUUGCACCUGUCCUCAGAGCGCAUUCAAGAUACCAACCGGUUAAAACGCUCCUUCUCCCUGGACAUCAAAUCAGCCUAUUCUCCUGGCCUAAGGCAGGACGUCCCAGGCCCGACCGAUACAGGAGAAACCCCGAAGCUCUGCAAGUUGGACAGCCCUUCUGGACCCAAUGGCAUGUGCCAGUUCUCCCCGGUGCCGGACAGUCCGGAUUGGCCGAGUGGGCCAGACCUCCUCUUGGAGGCCAAGGUGAGGCAAAGGCGGAAGCACAGGCAUCAGGCAGGUUCCCCUGCCCAUGGGCUCAGCCUCAACUUCAGCGGGGUGUGCGCUGUGCACAAAAGCACCAGCGUGGAGGACAAUCUCAAGCAGACACUGCGGCUCAGCCUGCCCAGUGCGGGGCAGCAGCCUGUCCAGCCAGCAACCACGCCAAGCAGCACUGGCACCGGAGGGGGGAUCGGCCCGUGGGCGGUCCACUUGGAGUCUCCAAGCACCCCGUCAUCAGAGAAUGCCUGGUACUUUGGCACAGACUCGGCUGUGAGCAGCAGCAGCGGAGGGAGUGGGGCUCUGUUUGCCAGCGCUACCUCCUACUCCUCGUUCAGCUGCAACGCCAUGCAGAGCAGCUGCGAGAUCAGACUGAGAGACAAGCAGCGGGCUGAGCAGCGGGACGGGCGUCACAGCUGGCAUGAGGAUGCCAAUGCCGAGAAGCAGUUCAAGAGGAGGAGCUGCCAGAUGGAGUUCGAGGAGACCAUGUCAGAGGGCAGGUCCCGGGAAGACCUGGGCAAAAUAGGCAAACAGUCUAGCUUUUCGGGCAGCAUGGAAAUCAUUGAGGUGUCCUGACAUUCAUCCUGGGCACUUAGAGAUCAAGGGUGGGGGGAUAUUUAAAAUGGGGAGAGAUUGGGUGGGAGUAUUUAUACCCGUGUGUGUAUUUUCAGGAGCACGCACACCAAAACAAAAGACAAGGAUGAAUGAAUCCAAAGUCAGGAAACAUAACGGUGAAUGCUUAGUGUCCCUCCUGCUCCUGACCUGUUUUCUCCCCCUCCCCUCCCCAAGGAACCCCAGCCACUUUCCCCAUGUCACCUCAGGCCUUCGCAUGUACCACGCGGCUUGCUGGGGCAAUGGGAGAGCUGCCCGUUGACUGCCGGGGAGCUGCAGCAUGCGGAGAUCUGCAAUUGAAAUCCCGGUGUAAAAUCCAAGCGGGAGGGGCAGGAAUUACAGCCAACAGGCAGUCACGGGAGGGGAGGGCGAGCCACGGGGUCUCCUGGCCCGUGGGACGCGCUUGGCACACAGGUGCUCCUGCGUGGGGACGGAGCCCAGCGCCUCUCCCGCGAGGCAGGGAAGGGGCACCUGCUGUGGGAGAACUACAUGCGCUCCUUCCCCUUCUUCAUACCCCGGUGCACUAAGCAUGCUCCCCCAUGUUUCUCUGGCUAAGUAUCCUAAAAAUGCUGCACUAGAGCAGCCCUAUACAUAUAUAAAUAUAUAUUAUAUAUAAUAUAAAAAACACACACACAAAGAAAAAGGUAAAUGGUUUUACUGCGAUUUUUAUUGAGACGUAAAUAAUAUUUCAAUUUUUUUGUUUUGUUUUUAAUUUAUUGAAGCUGUUCAUUCUGGCAAUGAUUUGCAGACAAUGUGGGGCGGUACUUUCAGCUCUAUUUUUACUGUGUAUGGUAUUUAAAUCUGAAAUACGAGUUUCUAAGCAAUA